GAUUGGCUUAGAAACAUCCGUUUAUGUUUUACACGCUGAUAUAAUAGGUUUUAGUUAACGGCACUGUACAUAGUCAGAACCGGAAUCAGUACAAAUACAGCAAAGAUGACUUCCAAGUACCUGCUACUCCUGUGUUUGUUUUCAAUCGCCUUCAGUGAAGUGAAUGGUCAUUUUCUCUUCGGACCAAGUCCGGACAUCCUACCGGCCGAAGAUGUUUCGGACGAGUGUAAGCAGAUGGCCAAGGAAGGCAUCUGCGAGUACUGGAACUGUUUUAUAGAUAGAUGGCGCUGCAGUGGGUCACAUAAUUUCCAGGAGAAGAGCGCUAAGAGAUACUGUGAAAACUUACGACAGAACUACGCCAAAUUUGAUGAUGAGGGGAAAAGGUUUGUCAACGAAUCAAUCAAGUGUUUGAUGCGGAAAUUUCUCCCCAAAUACAACGCUGAUACCAACCAGUGUUUUGCAUUGGAGCAGUUUGGUGAGAAGGAACACCCGAAAUGUAAUCUGAAUUAUGGUUUCUGCACUGCCGUGAAGACUAACGCAAUCAGCGCCAUGAGACACGCAUAUGGAGCUUCUGACACCCUUCAACUUUUCAAGACGCUCUCCCUCUGCGUUAAACAAGGAAUCAUUGUGAGCGUUUGGGAAUUAUUGGUCAAAAUUGUUCCCGGACUGUCCAACUUCAUGCAGCUGCCCCACCAGUCUCGUUAAGAUAUACACUUUAUACACGAAACAGAACUUCAGUUUGAGAGACGAAAGUUGUCAUUUAAAUCCAAUUUA